AUGGAAAAAACAGAGUGCGACCUAAUGUUCUCUCUCCCUUCCUCCCCACCUUGCCAUUCUUCUCCAUGCACCCAGCGCCGGUUCACCGAGGCCAUAGCGUGUCUGCGCCCGCAGCAGUGGUCUUCAUCUCCUCCUCACUUCCCCCCCUCCCUCCACUCCCCCCCCCUCCCUCCACUUCCCCACCUCCCUCCACUUCCCCCCACCCCCCUGUGCAGCCAGCGCCGGUUCAACGAGGCCAUAACGUGUCUGCGCCCGCAGCAGCGCUUCUCCCAGCUUCUGCACAAGAUGCAGAUCCUCGGCUGCGGCCCCCGCCCUGGGGGAGUGGGGGGAGCGGGGGGAGCGGGGGGAGCGGGGGGAGCGGGGGGAGCGGGGGGAGAGGGAGAAGCGGGGGGAGCAGCUGGAGUGGAGGGGGCGGGAGGAGCGGGGAAAGUGGGGCAAGCAGGAGAGAGCAAAGGGGGACCGGGGCAAGGGGAAGCGAGGCAAGGGGGAGUGGGUGAGGAGGGCAGUAGAUCAGAGGGCAGUGAGCUAGCGCGUGCUGGCUCUAAGAGUGAGAUUGGCCGUGACGGUGGCCCUCACUCUGUCUUCCAUUUCCCCACUUCCUCCCCUUCUCACUCCCCUUCUCACUCCCCCUCUAACUCUCCCUCUCACUCCCCGUCUCAUGCUCGCUCGCCCUCCCGCCCGCGCGCCUCAAGUGUGGAGGUCCCGAGGGAGGGGGAGGUGAUGGUGCCGGCAGCAGUGCCGGCAGCAGCGGCGGCGCGCUCCCCCGUGCUGCUGCUGAUUGGGGGAGGCGCGGGCGCUGGCAAGUCAACUGUUGUGAAAGAAAUCAUGAAACGCCCCUUUUGGGCGCGCAUGGCGCCACACGCGGUGGUGGUUGAUUCCGACGCGUUCAAAGAAAAGGACGCAAUCUUCCGCGCGCUCUCCGCCGACCGGCUGAACGACGCCGCCCGGAUCUCACAGCUCGUGCACGAGGAGUCGACCCGGGCGGCGCAGUCAACGCUGGUAACCGCGCUGAACAAGGGGAGAGACGUGAUAUUCGACGGGACCAAGUCGUGGGCCCCGUUUGUGCAGCAGACGAUUGCGAUGGCUAGACAGGUGCAUGAGAGGCGGUUUCGCAUGGGGCCGGGGUAUCAAGUGAGAGAGGAUGGGAGUGUGGUGGAGCGGUAUUGGGAGGAGGUGGACGAGGAGGGGGAGAGUGAUAGAGGAGUGGAGGAGGGGAGGGAGAGAUGGGAGGAGGAGGGGAGGGCGAUAGAGGGUGGAGAGGGGGUGGGGAGCGAGAGAGGGGAUGGGGAGGAGGAGAGGAGGAGGGAUAAGCCAGGAAAGGAGGGUCAGCACCGGCCGAAGCGGCACAACAGUCCGAGGAGGGUACUGGGUUCGAGCAGGGGAAGCUAUUGCAGCAGCGAGACGGGGCAGGGGCAGGGGCAGGGGCAGGGGCAGGGGCAGGGGCAGGGGCAGGGGCAGGGGCAGGGGCAGGGGCAGGGGGGCAUGGAGGGGGCCCGGCAGGGAGGGGGGAUGUGCUGGGAGAGGAGGGGGCAGAGGGGAGGCAGUGAGCAGCGGCUGCCGUAUCGGAUCGAGCUGGUGGGCGUGAUGUGUGACGCGCACCUGGCUGUUGCUCGCGGCAUGCGGCGAGCCAUUUUGAGCAGGAGGGGAGUGCCGGUGCACAAGCAGCUGCAGUCGCACAGGCGGUUUGCCAGCAGCGUGGAGGCGUACUGUGACCUCGUUGACGUGGCUACUCUCUACUGCACCGACCACACGGGCGGGCCGCCACAGAAGAAACCUGUGGUGGCUGCCUGGAUGGUGGUUGUCCCUGUGGGGCUGGGGAAGCUGGGCAGUGCGGGCAGGCGAGGAAAAGUUUGGGCCGGGCAGCACGUGGAGGGAGGUGGUACUGGCGGAGGAGCGGGAGGCGCGGCAGGCUCGACUGAGGGAGGCGUUUACUGA